AUGGUUGAUGAGCAGGAUAGGUUACUGCCAAUUGCCAAUGUGGGAAGGGUCAUGAGGCAGAUCCUUCCACCAAGUGCCAAAAUCUCGAAAGAAGCUAAGGAAACGAUACAAGAAUGUGCAACAGAGUUUAUAAGCUUCGUCACAGCUGAAGCAUCUGACAAGUGUUACAAGGAGAACAGAAAAACUGUAAAUGGAGAUGACAUCUGUUGGGCUCUGAGCACAUUAGGGUUUGAUACCUAUGCAGAGGCCAUGCUGAGGUACUUACAUAAGUAUAGAGAAUUUGAGAGGCAAAGGGUCAACCAAAGUAAAGCCUCAAAUCUUGAAAAUGAAGCACAUACCCCCAUUAGAGUCAGUACUGAUAGUACUGAUAGUGAUGGAAGCAACCUGCAACCUGAAAAGCAAUCUGAAUCUCCCAUCGCAUUUGAGUUUAGAGUUCUUGAGAAGGGUCAGAGCUCUAAAAUUAAGCCAGCAGCUAAAGGAUAA